AUGCUAGAAGAAAAAGAAGAAUUGCUAAAUAAUCGUAGAAUCUUUAAUGAUAUUACCAAUAUCUCGACCCAGACCACGACGACCACGACAACAACGACACCAACAAACAAAUUACGUUUAUUAAAUAAAAGUUAUAAUAUUAAUGAGGGACAACUUUAUUGUAAAGAUAAUUCACAAACGAUAAAGAAAGAAAAUAAAGUAUAUUUACCUAGAGUAUUUCAACAUCAUGAUUUACCUGACUGGUUAAUUCAGAGGUAUAAGGAUAAAGAUCGAUGUGACAUAUUUAUUAAUUGCAAUUUUAAUGGAUCACCCUGUAAUACGAUAAGAGGAGCAUAUUGUGAUGCAGAGGAAGAAAAUAUAGUUAUAAAUAAGAGUCAAUGGAUUGAAUUUAAGUAUUGUAGAAAAUACAAUUCAAUAAAUCAAAUACUAUGUCGAUUUUGUUAUGGUAAGAAUUGGAUCGAGGAGUCAUUUAUAUAUGAACAUUUAUUUGGAUCUCAUGGUAUAGUAACAAACAAUAAUAGCAGUAGUAAUAAGAUAAGAAUUAGAUUAUUACCAUUACCGCAAAAAUACCAAAUUAAUGAAAUUUCCAACAAAACUAAAACUAAAACUAAAACUAAAAAUAUUAAGAUUCAAGUACUAUGUAAGGAAUGCGAGAAAUGGAUUAAAUUAAAUAGUAGUAAUAGUAGUAGUAGUACGAAGGAAACCAUUGAGUAUAGACAAUUACAUGGAAUUCGUGGGUUUUAUGAAAAUUAUUUCAGACAUUAUAUUUCAUGCAACUCCAGUGAACAUAAUCAAAUUCAUUUUAUUUCCAAUAAAUAA